UUGCUUCAGUAUGUAGAACAGGAGAAUCACUUGAUGGCUGCCAGAAAAGCAUUUGACAAAUUUUUCAUACAUUACCCGUAUUGCUAUGGUUACUGGAAAAAGUAUGCAGACCUUGAAAAGCGACAUGACAACAUUAAACAAUCAGAUGAGGUGCGUAUAUCAAUGAAUACAGUUUUCUCUGUUAGGUACUGUAAGCCAAUUAAUAACAAAACAGACUUUCUUUUUCUGGCUGGCAGUACCUACCAUUUAUGGUCAAACUUUUUUUAUAGGGUAUUUUAUUUGCAUUUGUCACUAUUGUGGCAUUUGUAGCUAAUAUUUUCUCUCUUUGUUGGCAGGUGCGUUAAACUUCUACAGUUUGUCAAGCUUUGCAGUGCAAGCCUCUGUAUUACACUGCAGCUUAACAAGUAGGGCAGGGCUUUUCUCUCACUUACAUUUAUUUCUCAUUUUCCAAACAAUAUAGUUGGUUUGCUAGUCACAUUUGCUACGUCUUAUUGCAUUUUUGGUCAGACGCUGUCAUUGAUGCUCUAAUGGGUCUGUGCCCUAUGGUCUGUAACCCAAAGCCUGCCCACACAACCCGGUCAGAAUGCAGGGACUGCUGCGCUUUGAAGAUCAAGACUCUGCACGUGGGGAUCAGAACAUUGCCAUGUUCUAUCCAACCUCCACCCAAAUGGUUUAUCGACGGGGGCUUCAGGCAAUACCUCUUAGUGUUGAUCUUUGGAUACAUUAUAUAAACUUCUUAAAAGAAACAUUGGACCCUGGUGAUCCUGAGACAAACAGUACAAUAAGAGGAACUUUUGAGCAUGCUGUUCUAGCUGCAGGAACGGAUUUUCGAUCUGACAAAUUAUGGGAAAUGUAUAUAAACUGGGAGAAUGAACAGGGAAAUCUGAGAGAAGUUACAGCUGUAUACGAUCGUAUUCUUGGUAUUCCAACCCAGCUGUACAGUCAUCAUUUUCAGAGAUUUAAAGAACAUGUGCAAAAUAACUUGCCUAGAGAUCUUUUAACUGGUGAACAGUUUAUUCAGUUGAGAAGGGAAUUAGCUUCUGUAAAUGGACACAAUGGUGAUGACGGACCUCCUGGUGAUGACCUUCCAUCAGGAAUUGAAGACAUAACUGAUCCAGCAAAGCUAAUUACUGAAAUAGAAAACAUGAGACAUAGAAUCAUUGAAAUUCAUCAAGAAAUGUUUAAUUAUAAUGAGCAUGAAGUUAGUAAGAGGUGGACAUUUGAAGAAGGUAUUAAAAGACCUUAUUUUCAUGUGAAACCACUGGAAAAGGCUCAGCUAAAAAACUGGAAAGAAUACUUAGAAUUUGAAAUUGAAAAUGGGACUCAUGAAAGAGUCGUGGUUCUCUUUGAAAGAUGUGUCAUAUCUUGUGCCCUCUAUGAGGAGUUUUGGAUUAAGUAUGCCAAGUACAUGGAAAACCACAGCAUUGAAGGAGUGAGGCAUGUCUUCAGCAGAGCCUGUACUGUUCAUCUCCCAAAGAAGCCCAUGGCGCACAUGCUGUGGGCAGCUUUUGAGGAACAACAGGGGAAUAUUAAUGAAGCCAGGAUUAUCUUGAGAACGUUUGAAGAAUGUGUUCUAGGAUUGGCAAUGGUUCGAUUGCGAAGAGUUAGUUUAGAACGACGGCAUGGAAAUAUGGAAGAAGCUGAACAUUUGCUUCAAGACGCUAUAAGGAAUGCCAAAUCAAAUAAUGAGUCAUCAUUUUAUGCUAUCAAACUAGCCCGACAUCUUUUCAAAAUACAGAAAAACCUUCCAAAAUCAAGAAAGGUACUUUUGGAAGCAAUCGAAAAAGAUAAGGAAAACACAAAGUUAUACCUCAAUUUACUUGAAAUGGAAUACAGUUGUGACCUCAAGCAAAAUGAAGAAAAUAUCCUCAAUUGCUUUGACAAAGCCAUACAUGGUUCGUUGCCUAUUAAAAUGAGAAUUACGUUUUCUCAAAGAAAAGUGGAAUUCCUUGAAGAUUUUGGCUCAGAUGUUAAUAAGCUUCUGAAUGCAUAUGAUGAACAUCAAACACUUCUAAAAGAACAGGACACUUUAAAAAGGAAAGCUGAAAAUGGCUCAGAAGAACCAGAAGAAAAGAAAGCACACACAGAAGAUGUAUCAUCAGCACAGAUCAUUGAUGGGGAUUUACAGGCAAAUCAAGCUGCAUAUAAUUACAGUGCCUGGUAUCAGUACAAUUAUCAGAAUCCCUGGAAUUACGGACAGUAUUACCCUCCACCUCCAACCUGAAGGGAACACGUAAAUUUCAGAUGGCUUAUAUAAGACAAUGUGGAACUAUUUUUUUUGAAGGAUGUAAAACAUAGUAUAAGCUUGUUGUAUUUGAUAAUUUGUCUUCCCAGUUUCUGUGUAACAUUUAUUUUAUUUAGUUAAUAGCAGGAAAUGUCAAUUAAUAGUGUAUCAUAGAAAUUUUCCUACCAUUUUUAAAAUUUACUUUUUAUUGAAGAACUAUUUUUUUUAUUUUUAUUUUUUAUUUUAUCGUAUCUUUUUGCAUUAAAUGGUCUAGAAUUCUUUUGCAGCUCAUGCAGGAGAUUUGUAGCCUUAACUGUAGGGGGAAAACUGACUGUAAAUCAUGUCAGUUAAAAAAGAUUUUUUUGGGGAAAAAAAAGGGCUGGUUAGUGAGAAUCUUGCCUCCUAUAAAAACAGACUUUUAAAAAAUUGACUUUUAACCUUAAACCCCAAAGUUAUGUAUAUGUUUUGAUUAUACUGGGGAAUUUGGUUCUAACUGCAGGAUAGAUGAACUGUUGACAUGCACUGCCUUUGACUAGAUAAUAAUGGAGAAAGUGUAAUGUCAGCUUCCCCUUAAGAAAUGAAAUAUCAAAGUAUGUUUUAGAGUUUGUAUCUAGAAUAUUCAUGUAAAACGCAAGCUUUCAUUUUGAUCAAAUUUACCAUUUUUGUAAUAAAAAUUAAGACUCACGCAGCAAUUGUUCAUGAAUUCAUUUGGGGGAGGUACACAAAAUAGAGAUUAACAUUUUCUUGAAGUAAACUAAAUUUAUUAUCUUCUUACAAGAAUGCUUUAGUUGUUUGGUUUUGUUUCAAGUCCUGUGCCUUUUAACUUUCACCAUAAAGUAUUAUUUUUUACAUGUCCUUGACAAAGGCUUGAUAAGCAGUUCAACUCUUUGGGCAAAGUCACUAGCUCUUAUCCGAAUUAGAAUACAGAACACAGAAUAAGUCAAGACAAUCCAUGACAUUUUUAUUGAGCCUUUAGUUUAUGAGGUAAAAGGAAAAGCAGCUCUCUUGAAUACUUUACAUAGCUGUAGGAAAAUAUUUGAGACUUAAAGGGAGUUACAGGGGAUUAUGUUUCUCAAAAGUUGAGAUCAAGUAAACAAGCUUUAAAUUGUUUAAAUUUUCCAGUUGAUCUUUCCUUACAAUAGUAACAAGCUCUAAUUAGCCACAUUAGGUUUUUAUGUUUGCUGAUGUACUGGUGGUUUCAGUCAAUAUCUACUAAUUCUACUUCAAAAAUGAGCUUGGUAUUUGGUGGAAUUCUGUGGGAAAUGGUCAAGGAAAACUUGAAAAGUGCCUCUCCCCUAACCACUAAACCAUAGCACAUUAGGGUUGUGAAGUCAGAAGUAAAAGUUCUAGGGAAAGCCAGAGCUUGUACUAGUAACAAUCAAUCUCUUGACUGUCCUCCUGAGAGGACAGGUUUGUAUUUGACUCAGGCUAGCUUGAGUUUCCUAAAAGUAAACUUGAUGAUCAAUACCUCACUAAUGCUACCAACACUGUAUUUAAAAGAUGUAUUCAUCUACCGUGAAUUAAAAGACAAGUUUAGGUGUGCUUGGUGGUGCACAGCUUUAAAGCCCAGCACUUAGGUUCAGAGAUGUCUGCCUCUGCCUUCUAAGGAGAGUCUGCUCUCUACAAUGCUACCAUCUCUAAGAAACAGAAAGUGAGAAGGCUUUCUUUAUGCAGUCUUAUGAUUUCACACGACAUGAAUUUAACAUUUUGAAGACGACAGAGAGAACUUCCAACCUCAAACCUCAUUCCUUAUCAUCUACAAUUAUAAUAGCAAAACUAAUUUGGCCAACAAGAAUGAAAUCAACAGCUAAAACUUAACUUCCCACUUAACUAUCAGGUCAAUUUAGUCUAAAUGGUCUAGAAUCAUUGACUUUCUGCUUUUGUAAUUGUUGACAAAUUGGGGCCUAUCAUAGAAAUGCUGUAAUCAUUAAUAAAUACUUAUAAAAUGCUUA